AAACAUGAGGCAUGAUCAAAUACUGCUCACAGUCUCAAUAGUUCUGAUACAUUUGCUUAAUCUCAUGAGAUGUAAAACAACGGUAGAUCCAGAAGUUGAUUAUGGCUAUGAGCUGAAACGAACUCCCGAGCAAAUAAAAACAGAGUUAGAAAAACACAAAAUUAUUCCUGACUUAUUGGACAAGGCGCCAAAUGAAACGAUUCAUAUAGAAUGGAUGGACCGGGAUGGGAAAUGGGACCGGAAUGGUCUUUGCGCUAAGCUUGGAAAUGAAAUAACUAGAGUUCAUGAGCUAGAGUGCCGACCAUUGUGGGUUAACUACAGAACGUUCCUCAAGGAAGUGCAUACGCUGAUGAUGAUAGGUCUGGAUGAACCGUCAUCUCAAAAUCGCUCCUCCAGUCUGUUCCUGUACUGGCUCGUCAGCGACAUUCCAGCGCAUAGUUAUGAAAAUGAGCAACUACCUGCACUCGAUUAUGUAAGGGGUGAGACGAUUUUCGAUUACAGGGAACCGAGGCCUUUGCUAGGAACAGGACUUCAUCGAUAUGUGUUCCUUGUUUAUGCACACGGAAAUAGAACGAUAAAUUGUACAAUGAAAAAACUGAAUCAGAGUGAUGUCACAGGACGGCCUCAUUUCAACUUGAAAGACUUUGUUAGACAAUAUGACCUUGGAGAACCGUACGCUGUUAAUUUCUUUGUGGCUCAGUGGCAGAAGCCUCUAUACACUACUACUACUUCAGACCCGAACGAACCAACAACACUCGUCGUGGAGCAUCUUUCGGAGAGAUGGGGUGGGGCAAUUCGAAUGAGGAGUAAAAAAGUUAAGGAAAAAGACUCGUAGAAAUUCUAUUGUAGCACUAGUGCUAUCUCGGAAAAGGAAAAGUAUAUCCAUUAGUUACAAAAUAAGUGGAUUUUUUUGUUUGUCAAAAAUUGUUUUUUGUUUCGAUUUUUGUUUCGCAAAAAAUACGUUUUUUUUGCACUGAUACCAGGGAAUAGUAAUACGUAGGUUGUCCAAUUAUAACCGGCAGUUGGCCUUGUAUUUGUGAUAUACCCAUGUCUCUUUUAACAGGAAAAAAAAUCUAGUUUUUCAAUAACUAAUAUUGAGUUCAUAGAGACCACAAAAAGCCAAGAUGACCUAUACGGUAGGAAUGAAAUUACUUGAGCUGCAUCUUCAAAUUUAGUUGUUUGGUCAAAUUCAUCCACCUCCAUUAUGUAUGAAAAUGAUAUGAAAUAGAACUAAGUGUGGACAGACUGACUCCGAAAUUUAAAAGAAAAAAUCAAUUUCGCGAGUUUCAGCCCUGGGAACAAAAAAAGCAGCACUUAAUUAACUAUCAGCUUUGUCAAGGAGCUAUAAGACAAUUUUUAUGUUCGUAGUGUUCUUCUAGAUUUGUAAAAGCUGUGGAAAAUGCAGAACAUUACAUUUCAUUCUUCAAUUUUGAUAA